UCGUGUCUAUAUAUUACUUAGAUUGUCUCAAUUAAAUUUAAACCUAAAUAAUGAUUUUUCUUCAAAUGAAAUAAUUUGAGAGAUUGUUUACAAAAAUGUAAUUCAUUAGAUAACCUAUCUAUUUUAUAUUCGCUCAGUUGAUAUUGUAUAAUGGAGAGGAUGAAGGGUGUGCUGAAUCAAGAAAACAUCAAUUCCAUGAAGAGAAUAGUGGAUUUGGGUCUUGCAAAAAGUCUAAAGGAAGCGGAACUUAGACACAUAUUGUAUGAAAAAUACCAGGCAUUGAAUACCUGGUAUAAUCGAACAAUUGGAACAGAGGAACUAAGAAAAUACCAGAACCAAGUAACAGAACUGCAGGAAAGACUGUUUACAAUUCAAGAAGCUCGUAGAACAAUUGGACAAAAUUUGCAAGCAAUCAGAGACAAGUCUCAUGUGAUCCAGGAUGAUUUGCAGAAAACCAAUAGGCAGAAUAAUUUUGAAAAAUACAUGAAACUGCUCAGAGAGGAAACUGAAAACAUGAAAACUGAGCAGGAAUUGACGAAGCUGUUGAACGAUCAAGAGAGAUGUGAAAGGGAUGUGUGCAGUGCUUUUACAAGCGCCAUACAUAAUGCACAUGAAAAGCAGAGGGCACAAAUAGAAAACACAAAGUAUUUUGGUAUCUUGAUUUCAUUCACAGGAAGCUUCUUGACAUUUCUUUACUCAAGUAUUCGCAGUGAUGAUAUAAAGAAGGUCAUCAAAAAGAAUAUGACCAUUGAGUUGGAGCCAAUUGUGAGAAGGUUGGAGGAGAAUAUUGAAAAAAUGGAAGUAAAUUCCAAUAAAGUUACAAUAAUGGGCAACAAAGCUCAAGAUGAUUUUAAGAAACUAUCAGACACUGUAAAAGCAUAUACUUCUAACACUAAAGAAGUUUUGGAUGGAGGACUUACUAGUAAAGAAUCAAGUGCUUCUGAUGAUAUUAAUAAUAAAGGUUCUCAUAUUCCAGUAACAGAAAUACUUAUUGGAACAGUUAUUUUCAGUUUAUUUUUAAUUGUCUUUGGUAAAUAGCUUUAAUCUUGAAAAAUAAUAUUAAUAAUA